AUGGCGGCGCAAUCCAAGCUUGGCCUGCUCCUGAGCCGUCUCGGCAAUCGCAGGAGCUUCGGCAGCAUCGUGGCCGACCUCACCCGCCUAUACCUGUCGAACCGCACCCGCAUCUCGCGCGCCGUCUGCCUCACCCUGUUCGUCGCCCUCGUCCACCGCGUCCGCCACGCCAUCUCGGAGCAAAAGGCCGCCUCGGCCCGCGAGUCGGCCCAGCGCGCCGCCCGUCGUGGAACCGUUUCCGCCGAAGGCCCCGACUCCGACGCCGCCGUUGGCUCCGCGCCCCGCACUGGCAAGGUCGCCCUCAACCGCGAAUUCUUUCGCUCUCUGCUGCGGCUGUUGAGGAUCGUGGUCCCCGGAUGGCGCACAAAGGAGGCCCGCCUGCUGGUUAGCCACAGCUUCUUCCUCGUUCUCCGCACUCUCAUCAGCUUGCGCGUCGCCGAGAUGGACGGCGCCAUUGUCAAGGCCCUCGUCAAGGGCAACGGCAAGGAGUUUCUCAAGAGAAUCGUCAGCUGGAUGCUCAUUGCCGUGCCGGCCACCUUUACAAACUCCAUGCUGUCCUACCACCAGGCGGAGCUGUCCCUCAAGUAUCGGACGAGGCUGACACAGCACAUCCACGACAAGUACCUGUCCAACCUGACCUUUUACGGCCUCUCGGCCCUCGACGACCGGAUAAAGAACCCGGACCAGCUCAUCGCCGUCGAUGUGUCCAAGUUCUCCAACAGCCUGGCGGAGCUUUACAGUAACUUGGCUAAGCCGCUCCUCGACAUGACCAUCUACACCUACUCCCUGUCCAACAGCGUCGGCGGCGAGGGCGUCAUCUUCAUGUCGCUGCUCGUCCAGCUCUCGGCAAACAUCAUGCGCAUCCUGACGCCCCCCUUUGGCAAGUACGUUGCCGACGAGGCCCGCCUCGAGGGCGAGUUCCGCUACCAACACUCACGCCUCAUCGACUACGGCGAGGAGGUGGCCCUCUACGCCGGCCACGACGCAGAAAAGGACACGCUCGACAAGGGCUACUUCACCCUCAUCAAGCACGUCAACUACAUUCUACGCCGGCGCUUCUACCACGGCUUCAUGGAAGACUUUGUUAUCAAGUACUUCUGGGGCGCCCUCGGCCUCGUCCUCUGCAGCGUGCCCGUCUUCGUCAAGAUGCCCGGCCAGAUCGCCAUGAACAUGGGCGACCGCACCGAGUCCUUUGUGACCAACCGUCGCAUGCUGCUGUCCGCCUCGGAUGCCUUUGGCCGCGUCAUGUUCUCCUACAGGGAAGUCAUGGAGCUGGCCGGAUACACGUCGCGCGUCGCCUCCCUGCUCGACGUCAUGGACGAUAUCCGCUCCGGCCAUUUUGAGAAGAAGCUUGUCUCCUCGUCGGGCACCGAGUGUAACGAGGCCGUGCUCAAGGGCCGCGGCACCGUCCAUGAGAGCCCGGACGUGACCUUUAUCGACGUACCCAUCGUCUCACCCAACGGAGACGUGCUCGUCAAGGCCCUGUCCUUUUCGCUCAAGCACGGCGACCACCUGCUGGUCGUGGGCCCCAACGGCUGCGGCAAGUCGUCCCUCUUCCGCAUCCUCGGUGGACUGUGGCCCGUCUAUGGCGGCACCGUCUACAAGCCCCCUUUCAGCGCCAUCUUCUACAUCCCGCAGCGCCCCUACCUGUCGCGCGGCUCCCUCCGACAGCAAAUCAUCUACCCGGACUCGCUGCGGCAGAUGCGGGCGCGGGCCGUGACCGACGCCGACCUUGUCUCCAUCCUCAAGAUCCUCGGCCUCGAGCACCUCGUCGACCUCUACGACGACGGGUGGGAUGCAGAGGCCGAGUGGCGCGACGUGCUCUCGGGCGGCCUGCAGCAACGUGUCGCCAUGGCGCGCCUCUUCUACCACCGACCGCAGUACGCCAUCCUCGACGAGUGCACCAGCAGCGUCACGCUCGAGACGGAAAAGGUCAUGUACGACAACGCAAAGGCCCUCGGCAUCACCCUCAUGACAGUCAGCCACCGCCGCAGCCUGUGGAAGUACCACACGCACAUCCUCCAGUUUGACGGCCAGGGCCAUUUUGUCUUCACCAAGCUCGACGCCGACAGGCGCCUCAAGCUCGAGGACGAGAAGGAGGAGCUCGAUGUUAAGCUGAGGCAAGUCCCCGAGCUGGAGAGGAGGAUGGAGGAACUGGCUGCCUUGUAA